AUGGCGCUAGCUGCGCAUAGACUGCAAGCAGGUCGCAGCCCAUACAUUUUUAAAUACUUCUACAAAAUUACAGAUCUGCGGCUUUAUAAAGAACACCGAGAACCCCUGAUGAUAAACGUGGUCACGAUGCACGCAUUGCUGUUCCUGGUGAUCGUUAGUUCCUCGGUGCUCGGUGAGCCAUCCGGAUUGUUCUGUGCCGAUUAUGGAGGAAGAAUCGUCUCAGAGUCAGCGAGAUUCCCACGACUGGCAGAAUCGAGGAUUAUUGGAGGGGAGUGGGCCGCCAUAGAGGAAUAUCCAUUUGCGGUCUCGUUGCAGAACAAUGGCACGUUUUUUGGUCACCAAGUCGAGCAUUUCUGCGGCGGCAGUAUCGUCGGGGAAAAGUGGAUAAUAACGUCGGCGCAGUGCGCUCUCAGGAUUCAGGUGAAACCGUUCCAUGUGAGGGCCGGCACGUCAUAUUACUACCAGGGCGGUGACGUUUAUGGUGUUCAGAGCGUUGCGAUACAUCCUGCCUUCAACACAUUUAAUUACGACUACGACGUUGGCCUUGUUGAGCUCUCUAGUAGCAUAACAUUUGACAGGACCAAGCAACCCAUCCAGUUACCCAAAACAUAUUCAAUAAUCACCGAUGGUUCCCUGGUCGAAGUCCUCGGUUGGGGUGCAUCCCGGUUAUUAGGUCCGGUCUCAGACGCACUUUUGCAAAAUAAGAUGCGAAAAAUUAGUAAUGAGAACUGCGAGGAGGCCAGUGGUGACUUAGUAACGAACAGGAUGUUCUGUACCCUGUCCGACACUGCUAGACCCUGCGUUGGAGAUUCGGGCUCGCCUCUGGUCUUUGGAAAUACUUUAUUCGGCGUAGCAUCCUGGAGCAGAUCUUGCGAGUGGCAGUACCCAACAGCUUUUACAGCCAUAGCAGAAGUGAAAGAUUGGAUCAGCGACGUAACCGGUAUAUCUUGA